UCGCGGGCUGCCUGGCUGGCGGGGCCCGCGGGGAUCGCGGCUCCUCCGGAGCUCCCUUCCCGGGCGGGGAAUCCGGGCCGGGUUGUGGCCGCCGCCGCGUACACCAGGAGGAACAUGGCCAGCGUGCUGUCUCGCCGCCUCGGGAAGCGGUCCCUCCUGGGGGCCCGGGUGCUGGGACCCAGUGCUUCCGAAGGGCCGUCGGGGACCGGGCCCCCCUUGGAGCCGCAGGUGGAGCUGCCCGAGGGGCCCCCUCCCCAGCCCGCCCUGGCCUCCAAGGACCCAGAACGCCAAGAACAGCCCAAGGAGGUCCUCCAGGCCCUGGGCUCCCCUGGCCUCCAGCAGCUGGCGUUUCAGCCUGGACAGAAGGUGCGCGUGUGGUAUGGCGGCCGGGAGCGCGUGGGCCUGGUGGAGCAGCACCUCGGGGCGGAGGACAAGGUGAUGGUCUGGCUGCUGGACCAGAAGCUGCAGAUCUGCUGUAGAGCGGAGGAAGUGUGGCUGGCGGAGCUGCCGGGCGCCGGCCCCCAGGGCCCGCCCCAGGAGCAUGGGGCCCGGGGCCCCCCAGCCUACAGACCCGUCUCCAGGAACAUCGACGUCCCCAAGAGGAAGUCGGAUGCGGUGGAGAUGGAUGAGAUGAUGGCGGCCAUGGUACUGACGUCCCUGUCCUGCAGUCCGGUCGUGCAGAGCCCCCCCAGGGCAGAGACCAACUUCUCUGCGUCCCGCGUGGCCUGUGGGGACCCCUGGAAGGAGAGUGGGGACGUGUCCGACAGCGGCAGCAGCACCACCAGCGGGCACUGGAGCGGGGGCAGUGGCGUCUCCACCCCCUCCCCGCCCCACCCCCAGGCCAGCCCCAAGUACUUGGGGGACGCCUUCGGUUCUCCCCAAACCGAUCAUGGCUUUGAGACCGACCCCGACCCUUUCCUGCUGGACGAGCCGGCUCCACGGAAGAGGAAGAACUCGGUGAAGGUCAUGUACAAGUGCCUGUGGCCCAGCUGCGGCAAGGUCCUGCGCUCCACCGUCGGCAUCAAGCGGCACGUCAAAGCGCUCCACCUGGGGGACACUGUGGACUCGGACCAGUUCAAGCGGGAGGAGGAUUUCUACUACACGGAGGUGCAGAUGAAGGAAGAGUCGGCUGUGGCCGCCGCGCCUGGCCCUUCCGCCCCCGGGACGCCCUCUGCCGAGCUAGCGUCCACCCCCCGGGUGACCAGCCCGUCCCUCGCUGCUCCUCCACUGCCUCCGCCCAGAGCUCCGUACUCCAGACCCGAGCAACCCGGCCCGGAGUCUCCCCUGCCCUCGGGGGCGCUCAGCAAGUCAGCCCCCGGCUCCUUCUGGCACAUUCAGGCCGACCAUGCCUACCAGGCUCUCCCCUCCUUCCAGAUCCCCGUCUCCCCUCACAUCUACACCAGCAUCAGCUGGGCUGCUGCCCCUGCCGCCACCCCCCUCUCACCGGUCCGCAGCCGAUCGCUCAGCUUCAGCGAGCCCCCGCCACCGCCCGCGGUGAAACCUCACCUGGCCGUCACCUCGCCGCCCCGGGCGCAGAGCAGCACCAGGAAAGCCCGCGGCGAGGCCAAGAAGUGCCGCAAGGUGUACGGCAUCGAGCACCGGGACCAGUGGUGCACGGCGUGCCGCUGGAAGAAGGCCUGCCAGCGCUUCCUGGACUGACCCGCCCUCCGCGCCGCCGCCGCGGGGAGCCCCGGCCACGCUCCCGCCC